AUGCUUCUUAGAAGAAUAUGGAGGAGAAUAAGCACAGACGACCCCUAUUCAAAAAUUAAGCCUAAAGAAGCUGGCCGAGAAUUCUACUUAAACCCUAAAAAGUUUUACAGGUACACUCCUAAAGAAGAAAUUAUUUUUGACAAUGGUAAAGCCUUAGUGUACCAAAACAAAUCUCAUACCUUGAAAAUCUUUUAUCUUCCCAAACUAGUCUUUAUCUUUUUAUUUGGUUCGAGCUUUUGAUCCCUUAACAAAUUUCUAAAUGCUAUAGCUUGGUCAUCCUUAUGGAUCGCUCAAGCUUCUAACUCCACAUGCCAAGUGGAGAGCUUGCUUAUUCAACUCCAUUUGGCAAGUCAACUCUAAAUCUGCGAUAUCUUGUAGAUUUGCCAAAUUGAGAGGCAGCUCGUCAACUGGAUUGAAUAAGAAAAAUUUUCAGUUAAUAAGUGGAGCUGAAAGCUUGAGAAAUCCAUAAGGAUGCUCAAGCCAUACUCCUAUAUUCGCCCUACUUACGAUGCCAAUAAUUUUAGCUGGCCUACAUGCAGCUAUCGGCACAAAAGUCCUUACACAUAUGUAUUUACACCUAGACGGAAAACAUAUCGACUUACGAUAUCGACUUUUCCCUUUUAUUUCCUGAACAAAAACAUACAAAAUCACUGAUUUUGCAGGCCAAAAAUCAAAUUACUUACAUAUUGUGUAUACCCUAAAUCCUGUCCCUAAAAAUUUGCUUGGCUUUAUGGAGUGUAAUCAAUCAGAACUUUUCCCUUUAUAUUGGCAAGAAAAUGAUUGGAAAUUUUUUAUUCUUGCAAGGAAGCCUUCAGUUAUAAAUGAAGACCUAUUCCCAAAUAUAACAAAUGGAGUCGAAAUAGACACAAGCAAAUUUAGAGGAAGAGUCAAUUUUUUUAGAGAAAGAUAUGUAGAGAUAAAUCCUGAAGAUAAUUAA